AUUAGAAGAAAAGUUCUUUGGAAGAGAGCGGCUUUUUGUAAGGACAAAAAAAAAGGUUUGAUAACCAGUACAUGUACUUGUUCAUGAAAGGAACAGCCAUUUAGAAAAGAAAUUAUGGAAGGGAUGACUAAAGAUGCAAUCACAGAAGACAAACCUGUUGAAAUGGAUAUCAAGUCAGCAGAAGUUGAUGGUAGCAGUAUUUCUCCAGUGACUGGUGACUUAGUUAUAGACAUGAAUGACUCCGACCCCCUGGCAGAUGGUUGUGGUCCUAUGGAAGAGAGUGACAGUGGCCAGAAGGAAAUUAGUUCACACAAUGAAUGUGAUAGCAUUGUAGACUCUGAAGUGUGUUUUUCCGAAACUGUAGAACCCGCGGCAUGUGACGAGGUCCAGGACGAUACACAUUUUGAGGAGAUCAAGUUGGACUCUGAUUCAGCACAGACUGGUGUUGAUUCAGCACAGACUGGUGUUGAUUCAGCACAGACUUGUAUUGAUUCAGCACAGACUUGUGUCUCAGACAAAAGUCCAGAUACUGGUGUUGAUAGUGAUCUUUUGCUUCUCACCUUGGAUGGAAACUCCGACAAACAUGCAGUUCUUAUUAAUGAACUGCAGAAUAAGGAAAAAAUUAUCAGUGACUUGAGACAUAGGGUAGGAGAACUGGAAGCACAGUUAGGAAUCAUGCCAAAUAUGAGAUCAGCUAGUACAAAGAGACCCUCGUCAAAAUUCACGGAUCACAUGCCACCAUCGCUCAAACGUGCACGUGGCAGGUCGGUAACCCCCAGCAGACGAGUCUCCAUUCAUCUGAAGUCUUUGAAACGUGCUCGCUUCAGGUCUCCCUUGUGUUUAGGUUCGGACUGGAACUCGUCGGACACGAACCGUCCCGACACUAUGUCGCAGUCGAGUAUUCUGUGUUCCGAGGACAUGGACGUGCUGGCUAUGGAGGUGUCCCAGAGACUGUCAUCCAGCCUGGCGGCCGACAUCACUGCCCAGGUGUUGCAGCAGGUUCUGCCCUUGAUGGACCUGCACGCAGGCGAGAGCGAAAACAAUCACGUUGGCGAUGACUUGUCUCUCUCGGCGUCCUUUCUGCCCGAUGCCAAUGCCAGCGAUGUGUCUGACACGGUGGAGUCGUAUUCAGCAGAAAACAACGCCAGUACCACAGUGGCCACUCAGUCAGGUGCGAGCUCAUCAUCUGGUUCAAGAAGUGGCAAUUCUUCAUCCAUAACAUCAACAUCUAGCACCAAAAUCCACAUCCCCGACAUAUUCCGACAGCGCCAUGUUCCCAUGCAGGCGAAUCCAGUGCGCCAUAUUCCUCAGCUGCCUGUCCGGCAUUCGGUGGGGAUGUCUGCUUCGUCUCAGUUCAGCAUGAACAUGCACCGUAUGCCCUUACCAGGAAAUGUGAAUUCCGCAUCGGCCAAUGCAAUGUUGAUGCAUCAGUUAAUGAAUACACCUGCAGGGGCACAAGCAGCUCAGGCUCUAAGUCACCUGAAUCAAAUGAACCAGCUGGCAGCUUUACAAGCCCAGCAGAGAGGCAUCCGGCCCCAGCUCCAGAACGCACGCUUCUCUCCGCAGGUGUCGCCUCUGAUCAGUCCCAGGGCCAGCUCUGCUGGGGCGGGAAUUAACUUGAAUCAGGCCCGAAACAUGGCCAUCAAUGCAGCGUUCAGGAGGGCGGUUUCGUCUCGGGUUGUCACUGGCCAGAGAUUGAACAUGAACAACCGAUAACUCUAAUAAUAGAUCACUGAAUAACUCUGUGAUAACUUCUGUAUGAACUGAUAAGACCGACAAAACCCACGAAAAUACACAUGGCAUUCUGUAGAGUCAUUUUAAAUUACAAAGUGUUGCAGGUCUCCCAUUGGGACCAGGAUGACUAUUUGAAGAUUGAGGAGCCACAUCAGUAUUCCACUUGUGUGUAUUCUCCUCUGAGAAUAAUAUUCAUUCCAAAGUUGAAGCCCUAAAAAAUUAUUCAUCUUAAGUAGUGUUCUAUUGAUCAGAACAUUGAGUAAAAGACCCCUUUAUUCUAAACGCACAUUGCCCAACAGAUGUUUAUUGAGCAUUUCUGUAGUUUUGAUUCAGUGAUUGAGCAUUGUUACUGUCUCACAUACCACAACUUUAUAUCAAACUUUUCGGCAGACACUGUACAACAUUAUAAUAUCCAAUUGAAAAUUUGAAUUGCAUCAACAAUUUUGUCAGUCAAAUCAACGGACAUUUUGUAUUGUGGUUUACAAAUCUGCUUUAAUUUACACAAUGGCAAACAUAAUUUUACACAAUGUCAAACAGAAUUUCCCACAAAGAUUCUCCACUGUACCUUAAAACCCUUAUUUGUUACCAACACCCUUGGUACAGCCUUGAUCAGCAUCAGUUCGAUGGCCUAUGUGUGAGUUAAAAAAGACGUGAUCUAGAGUAAAGAUCUUGGCUAAAAUACACUUGAAUGACUUGGUUAUUAUGAACACUGUACUAUAAGGUAGAAUGGAUGUACUAAACCCUGUUUGCAGAUUGUUUGUUGAGCACGGGGUUAGAUCACAUACUUGGGAAUUAAUCUAAAUAAAUGAACAUGAAUUUGCAGUAUUGCUAAUUUAAUAAUGAUUUAAAAAUGAUACCAGAGUUUCCAAGUGGGAUCACCUGAUUAAAAAGAUAUAUACCAAAAUAGCUGGACCUACCAAAACCUUUUUGAAUACUAUUGUGCAGAUUGGAAUAUGAUAAAACGCUGAGUGAGCUAACUAUAUAAGAAAUUAAAACAAAUUAAUGUUAACAUCCAUAUACAUGACUUCAACCUUUGCUCCAAGUACUACAUCAAUGACACUUGGUUUAUAGUUGCAUCUAUGGACUUCAUCAUAAGUAUAUGUGGCGGGAGUGGGGUGGAGGAUUAAUAACAUGUUAAAAAGUUAGGUGUUUUUUUUUCUUUUUCAAAUAAUGUUUUGAAAUUUGGUUUUACAUGCAUUGAGAUGAGCAACACAGAAUAUGUAUAUGUAGGGGAGACGUUUUAUUCUGACCACGUGUUCUUGUGUUGAUGAAAAUGCUUAUGUUCUAUAUGUAAUUGUUGUUACUUUUUGGCUACAUUCAAAAUAAAAUUAUCUAGUCUAAGGAUUCUUGAUUUUUUUUUUUCUUCUUUUUUACAAUACUUUUUUGUGUGAAUAAGUCUCAAGUGUACCACUUGUUAGAAUCUAUGUUUCUGUGUGUAUGUUUUGGGGGUGUAGAAUUGCAUAUAAAACCACCUUUAAGUUAGCAAUAAUUUUGUACAGCCCACUUUGAGCAGUAGAUGACCAAACUGGGCUGUGUUGAGUAUUGAAUGUGAUAUGUUAACUUGAAAAUUGUGUGUGUAUUCUGCAGAGGCAAUAUAAUGUAUUGAGAACUUGUUUGUGCCACUUAAGGUCAACUAAACAAGGAAAAAACGGAUUGACAAACCUUUUUCUCGGUUUACCGAUAGAGAAAAUGUAUUACUUCAUAAAAACAAAAAAAAUAGCAUGACAGCAGUCUUGUAAAAACUGAAACCUUUUUCCUUCUUUCGAAGGAUUUGUAAUACUUUUGGAAUUAUUAUUUUUAAAAUUGUGUUAGUUCAGUAAGAUUUUUUUAGACUAUAUAAUUUGGAACAGACUUGGCAACUGGAAAGUAAUUUUAUCCAAGCUUCGAUCACAUUCUCUGCUACAACAGCUACUGUACAUUACAUAUGGCUAAUAUUUGAUACCAAAUGUCUAAAAGUCUGAAGUAGUACAAUAAAUUAUUGUGUCUAAA